CGCGCCAGCGCCGCGGGUGACGUCACGGCGUACCUGGCGGCUUCACGGAAGCGCGGUGCGGCUCAGGCCCGGCGCGGCGGCGGCAGCGGGACAGGGGCUGCUGCUGUGCGGCCCCGGCUGGGGCUCGGCAUGCAGGCGCUGGAGCGGGACGGGGCGGCCGGCGGCCUCGACGGGGUGGCGGGCGCCGGUGAGGCUCCACUGGAGCCGUCGCCGCCCAGGACCGCCGCCGCUUUCGACCUGCUGGAGCUGGUGCGGAGCUACCGGCGGCUGCAGCUCUACCUGGAGCCGCUGCGAGACGCUGCCGAGGGCGUCCGCUGCCUCCUCCGGUGGCAGCGGCCCGUGUGCUCGCUCCUCGUCUGCUUCGGCCUCAACUUCCUCCUGCUGACCCUCGGCCAAGCCGCUUGGUACUCGGUGCUCGCCAUGCUGGUGGCGGUGCCGGCCCUGCUGGGCUACCUGCAGGAGCGGUGCCGGGCCCGGCCCUCGGAGCUGGAGCUGCUGCGCCGGCGGCACCACAGCGUCCGGCGGGAGGACCUCCGGCGGGUGCAGCUCUCGCGGCAGGAGGCCGUCGCUCAGGUCAAGAGCUUCCUCAUCCAGCUGGAGGGGUUCCUGAGUGGGAUGUGCUGCAGCUGCGAGGCUGUGUACCGUGUGCUGUACUGGGAGAACCCCACUGUCUCUUCCCGGUUUUACGGGGCACUGCUGGGGUCUGUCUGCAUCCUUUACCUGCUGCCUCUCUGCUGGGUCCUGGCCAUCCUCAACAGCACCCUCUUCCUGGGCAAUACCCAGUUCUACCAAGUGGUAAUGGAGCUGAAGGCCUCGAUGGAGCAGUGUGUGGGCACCAGACCCCUGGAGAGUGCUCCAGAGCCCGCAGAAGCCCUGCCAGCUGCAGCCUCCCCGGACCGCACCCCCACCCCCACCAGCACCGAGGACCUUACUCCUGGCAGUGUGGAGGAGGCAGAGGAGGCAGAGCCUGAUGAAGAGUUCAAAGAUGCUAUUGAGGAGGACGACGAGAGCUCUCAGUGCUCCUCAGAGUUUGAUCUGAGCCUCCCGGACAACGGCUUCAUGAGCAAAAACGAGGUGAUCCGCAGCAAGGUGUCGCGCCUGACCGAGCGCCUGCGCAAACGCUACCCCAGCAACAACUUCGGGAGCUGCACAGGCUGCGCAGCCACUUUCUCUGUGCUCAAGAAGAGGCGGAGCUGCAGUAACUGUGGGAACAGCUUCUGCUCCAGGUGUUGUUCCUUCAAAGUCCCCAAGGCUGUGAUGGGAGCCACAGCCCCGGAAGCUCAGAGGGAAACGGUGUUUGUGUGCGCUCUGUGCAACCAGGUGCUCAUCAAGUGACCGCACCAGGCCCAGCCAGCUCCUGACACCCAGGACAGGGUGUGCCCUCCAGCGGGUUUCCAGGGGGGCAUCACCCUGUCAGGGGAUGCUUGUGCUCACUGCUCCUCCUGCCAGCACCAGGCUGGGGCCAGGCCAGCCCUCCUUGCCACGCAGCAUCUGCCACACCGGGGGGCUGUGUCUCUGCAGUGGAGCAUCACCCACAGCUGUGCCCCCACAGCUGCUCUGAGGUCUGGCACGCUCCUUGGUUCUUGCCAUGGCCUGAAACGUACUUACCCAGGCCCAGUGAUGGAGGAGCCAUCCUUCCUUCUUGUGGCCCUGCCUCCCGUGGGGCAAAACAAUCUCAGGGCUCUCUCCCCACCUUUCUCAGCACUGCGUUAGGUGACUAGUUGUAGGAUGGAGUCAGAGCUCAGCUGCAUCUCCAGGAGCUGGAAGCUUUGCUCCUGGCUCAGCUGAGACUCUGUUUAUCCCUCCCAUGCUCCUCAGCGUUGCCUGCAGCUUUAGUCUUUCUCCUCCAAUCUUUAGCUGUAGUACAGAGGAGGCAGUUUUGGGAUGAGCUGUGAGGCUGGGUCUCCAGCUGCAGGGUGAGAAGCAGUGCAAGUUGGUGCUGCUCUAUGCAUGUAGUGACUGCUGCUUUCUACUACAGAUUAAUAUAUAAGUGUAUAUAGAGAAUGACCAAUAAAUCUCUGGCCCUGGGCUGCUUCUCCUGUGGCUGCAGGCGAGGCUGUCCCAGCCAGUCAGCCCUGCUACCCUC